GGCGAAACAUCAGGAGAAAACGGUACUGGGACAUGGCAAUACAACCUAGAAAACCCACAACACUCUACUGACUGUGGAGAGUUUGUGCUGAACUGAGAGCCAGGGCGUGUUGCUGGGGAGAGAGCAGUCUGUGCCAGAGAGGGACGGGGAGUCAGUCUGAGCUAAUCUUGAGCAAGAAGCAGAGCAGGCAGAAGGAAUGGUGGGGCUCUCCCCACCCCCAAAUCUGCCGCUCUUACCGCUCCCCAAUCUUGACCAAUGAACCCCAUUCCCUGAAGGAAAGCUGUUUCCUAGCCUUCUGUGGGUUGUGGGAGGGGGGAGUGAAUUAGGUGAGGGUGGAUUUGUUCCAUUUUGGGGUCUGCACUGGAACCCCACCCGCACCCCAGUAUCUCCCUGUCACAGAAACCCCUUAGAACUGAAUAUAUUGAUGAUUUCUGCAGACUAGGCACAUCAUUUCCAAAGGCAUGCAAUUCCAGGUGGCUCAGAGCAGAUCGCACGAGUCUGUGUGCGUGGGGUCCCCACUGGCUUAGCCCCCCUGUAUUGAGAGAGGGGUAUUAAAUCUGCUCCCCAUGUCUGCUUUUGAGCCAGCCACAGGCUCUUGGGAAACCCUUCUGAGAGUAUGGGGGUGGGGGGAAAUCUGUCCCUAAAAACUCCCCAUCCUUCAGCCACUGGUGAGUCUGUCCUCCCUACUUUGUGAGGGGCUUCCAUGGAGGAUGGUGGGGCAACAUCUCCAAUCGCCAGAGAAGGAGCUAGGAGCCUCUUGAUGCAACACAAAGAAGACCCUAAGAAAAGAAGAGAGAAGAAUUCAGACAGACAAGAAAUGGCUUUUCUAGCCGCUUGAGACUGGGAAGCGGGCUGAUGGAUCAAGGCUGAGGAGGGGGUGCAGAUUGGCAGGGAGUCCCCCUUCUACCUCCUCUGUUCAAGGACGUAGAAAGACCCCUGUCUUCAUACCUAAGUGAGGAAAGAGAUCUUUUCACCGUCAGAGACGACCCACUAAAAGAAGAAAAUGCAAGAACAGGACCUAGCAGGACCUGGACUUGGAAAGAGACGAAGGAAAGAGGCCAAUCCCAUCCAAGCUGGGAGUGUUGCAUUCUGGGAGAGAGCUGUGCCAGAGAUCUGGGAGACCUUGAAUUCAGAAGUACUUUGCCGACGCUUCAGGCACUUCCGCUACCGUGAUGCCGAGGGCCCCCGAGAGGUUUGCAGCCAGCUCCAUGGACUUUGCAGUCAUUGGCUGAAGCCAGGAAGGCACUCCAAGCAGCAGAUCCUGGACCUGGUGAUCCUGGAGCAGUUCCUGACCAUCCUGCCCCAUGAAAUGCAGUGCUGGGUCAGAGGAUGUGGGCCGGAGACCAGUUCCCAAGCGGUGGCCCUGGCCGAGGGCUUCCUCCUGAGUCAGGCAGAGGAGAACAGGCAGGCAGAACAGUUGCUGUUGUUGCUGUUUCAGAGGUUGGGCCUAUCCACAAAGAUGGAAGCUAGGUUGGAAAGAGCUCCGUUGGAGGAAGGGCAGCUGGGUCAGGCCCAGGAAUGUCCCCAAGAUGCCCUCUUACAUAGUAAGGACUCACUCUGACUCGAUGGGAUUGGGGCACCCAGUAAAUUCGAUGGGUAGAGAAUUCUGGUCAGGAAGAAAAUGAAACACUUCUUCAUCCAAAUUAUGGUGUUUAAUGUUCAAUAGUUGGGAUGCCCAUAAAAGUGGAUUAGAGAAUUCAUGGAGGGAGCUCC